AUGGAAGCUCAAAACAAAUUUCAGAAUUUCGUUUCCUCCCAAGAUUAUGAGGUGACAGACAUUCAAUGCACGUUUGCCAACUCCAAUCUAAAUACAAUAACGAGCAGAGAUUCCAUAAUCGCUAAACUAAGAAAACCAGAAGGAUUCAAAGGACAUCCGCUGUUUGCUGAUGAUAGAGGUGUAAAUCCUGAAUCGGAUACCGCCUGCCAAAUAAGGCCUGAUCAGUCUGAUGCAGCCGGAUUGACUUACAACCUCAGAAUCGCUGACUUCUCAAGAUGCGGAGUUUUGAAGAGGAAUGGAUUCGUACACGUAAGAAUAUGGUUCCCACAAUUUCCUGGAGUAGUAAUGCAAUCAGAUCAAGAACUGAUUAUAAUGUGCAAACCUCCCGAGCCAACAAUAAUAGAGAACAAAGCAGCAGGUUUCGCAGGGAGCUUUCCUCAUGGAGCUAGAGUGUCAGGCGUAGUUGAAGAAAGUCCUGGAAGAUUGGAGUACGAAGUAGCUCUAUACAAAGAAGCCCCAGCAGCCAGACUAUCGAAUUCCACUUACAUGGGAAACAACGAACUUCCAGUAGACCAGGCGGUCCCCAUUGGCACAAAAUUACAACUGAGAGCAAGGAUUAAUCCAGAUUCGGCCUGGAAAUACGUAAAGCUCAUGGAAGUAGCUGUCAGUCCUGAUCCAGAUGAACCACAUACACCGGGGAGUGUUGCUCUGGUCAAGGAUGGAUGCAGAAACAGCGAUUUCGCAUCCAUCAUCCCACACCAACCAGCGAGGUACAGAGACCACCAUAAUGAAGUUUUUCUAGAUUUUGAAGCUUUCCUGCUCAGUUCGAUAAAAGAGAGAUCAACACUUUGGAUACACUCCCAGAUCAAAGCAUGUAUGGAACCUAUAGAUUGCCAACCUGACUUCUGUUUAGAUCUCUACGAGCCAUCUGGUCAUGGUAGGAGAAGGAAGAGAACGGUGGACAACAAGAAAGAUACAACUACCGGGUUCAUGGAACAUUUGUCACACAAUGGAACACAGUUCAAAAAAAUUAAGGAAAAUUUGGAAUAUACCGUUCUGAUGCCUGGAGAAUUCUUCCAUAAAUCAUCUGUUGUCGAAACUUCCUGCAACAGUUUUUUGGUGAUAGCGGCCAUUCUAGGUUGCCUAUUGUUCUUAUCUGCUUUUAUAAUGUGCUGGAUGGCUUCAAGAUUACACUCAACGCUUUCGGGAAAGACUAUAGACCAAUUAGUUAGAGAAUCUAGGAAUUAUUCAGAAAGUUGUUACACGGGGAGACCAACAACUCAAUGAAAUAUUUCUAAUUGAGAUGUUACAGGUAAUUUCUUCGAUAUGAAGGUACAAAAUGGUGGAUGAUCACACAGGGCCCUAAAAUCUCUGCUGCUCACAAUUCAAAGCGAUUUUAGAAGAGGCUAUCAUUUUUCCUAAGCUUAGGGCCACUGUAAGUCUCAAUCGGCCACUGAAUGUACUGUUACCUCAUUUCAUUCGUAGUCACUUGAAAUUUUACCUGUGUUAUUAAGUCAUCUCGUUUUCUGAACAUUUAUAUGGUUAAAAUUGCAGUUCAUAAAUUUUGGUUACAAAUGAUUUUCAAACUGUCAAACUGAAGAAAUCUUUCCUGAUUUAGAAAUAUAGGUAUAUUAUUUUAUAUGGUCAUAUAUUACAAUAUACUUUGAGUCAGCUCUACGUGAUAAUUAGCAUUUCCGAAAAAAUACGACUUCAACAUAGACUCAUUGUUAUUUAGGAUGUUUUAUUGAAGAAACACAAUUAUGUCAAAACGGAAUUGAAAAGCAGAAAAUAUAUUCUGUAUUUCCUUUUAUUCGACAAUAACGAGACUAAAUAAUUAUGCAGCAAGGUGAAGGAAAAAGCUUCAAAGAUCAUCAAAACCUAGUCUGAAUCACACAAUUGCUAAUUGCGUGUGAAACCACUCUAUAAAUGUCAAUCCAAAUUGAUAUUUAAGUUUGAAUAAUUUGAAAAAAAUAACUUUGUUUAUUACCAUUGUAUAAAGAUUACCCAGUAGGAUGUUCAUCGCCGUUAUCCAGAAAAGAAAAGUGAUAUUAUAAAGAAAAGUCUCGAAAGCUUCGACAUGUCAUAACUUUCAACUUUAAUACAAACUAUAAAAUACAAAAAACUCAAUCAAAUGUCCAAAUAAUGAAAAAGAAAUAUCUUCCUCUUCUUAUGAUCCAAAAUAUUUUUUUUUAUCGAGUAAAUCCUUGAAAGAGAAAAAUCAAAAUGACAAAUAUUUGCUUCAAUGAUUAAAACGAUUUGAAUAACUCCAAAGAACAUCUUAAAUAUUGAGAUUAUCUAAAUCCUGAUUAUGAAAGAAAGUUUAGAAAUUGCAAUUCCUCAUAUACGCAUCACAAGUUUCAGUGGAAAGAUUUAAUGAAUUAUGCAAUUUUUGACCUUAUUCCGUGAGUCAUUCGAUGAUGACGUUUAGUUUGAAAACCAUUUUCACCCAAAUGGCGUUGUCUACUAUAAUCUCCAUGCAAUGGUAAAACCUUGAUUUGUUUAAACAUAUUUGUGGUUAAUAUUGAACCUUUGAAGAAAAUAAUUUCAUGCCAAACUUAAAAUAGUCUGUUAUAGAAUAGAAUAAUUUAUUGUUAAAUAUUUAUUUAUUGAAGGUAUUUAUUUUUUAGCAGAUAAUCUAUUCAUUUUGUAAAUAUAUCAUAUAGUAAGGUGGAAACAUGAGAAAUAAUGUUUCCGUUAGAAUAGGAAAUUUAUGAAGAAGUGAACAUAUUUUAUGUGAGGUUUGAAAUAAAUAGAUAGAAAUUGUUGUUCUGAAGGUAAUUUAAUUAGAGAUCAUUUUCUGUUCCAAGAAAACAUCAUGAUAAUAAUAGCUCGAAUUUAUUGCAAAUAGUAUGGUAUAAAUCGACGAGAUAACAAUAGAAAUUAAAUAGAAAUAUAUUAACAUGGAAACAUCUCAUAGUACAAUAGUAUAUAAAAAUAAAAACAAUUAAAAACGUAAAGAUAAAACAAUAUCACGAUUGGCAAACUUGUGUAUCCUGCAAGCUUACAAUCAGAUGAUAUCCAAAUGUAAAAGUGUUAUUUGGCUAAAAUAAAUUCAACACUGACAUAAAAACUUUGGCUUGAAUAUCCUAAAAAUAUGAAACUCA